AUGGAGAAUGGAGGUGGUUCUGAAAAGAUCAGUAAAGAAAAACAAGUGUAUGAAUGGCAGAGAGAAGACAUGUCCCCUGCUAAACUACAUGCAAUUUUAGAUUCUCGACGGGAACAGUUACUUUCUAUUAUUCCAACAAAAGAAAAUAAAGAACAAGAACCAUUGGUGCAGGAAUGGCUUGCCCUCUUGGUGGAGCGAGAUAAUCUAGUUCAGCAGGAAUUCAUGAAGGAAAAUCAGAAGAUGUUGGACAGACAUAUUAAAGAACUCAAAAGAACACUGGUGAACAUAGGUCACCUGAGCCAUUAUAACACGCGUACAAACCUGAAGUAUAAUCUGGCCAGUCUCUAUCACGAGGUCGUUCAGUACUGCUCAGAUCGCAACAUUGAGGAUUCUACUGAAGAACAAAAGGUUGUUGUGGCUCAUCUCCCCACUGCCCCUCCCCCACCUCCUCCUGGACCACCUCCCCCAGUAGUGGCUCCACCCCCACCACCCCCUUUGCCAAACACUCCAUUAAUUAAAACCAGGAGGGUGUCAUUCUAUGAGAAAUCAAAGCGCACUCCAACUCGCAGUAGAAAGUCGACAGAAACUACACCUAAGAGCUCAAAGAUUACGACCAGAUCAUCAAAGCCGAACACUCCAUUGUGUGCUCUUAAUCCAGAAUUGAAAAGCAAUAUUAUGUUGGGACGGGGAAAAUUACGUUCUACACCUGGAGUUCGCUCACCAGGGGGCACUCCUGUUUGUAAGAAACCACGUAGAUCAACAAGCAAUCAUAGUGAUUUGAUGGUGCUUGCAUUACAGAGAAAGUUCCAAAAUGUUCGCCGGCCUAGUUCAAGUCCUACUAUUACUUCUCCCACCUCUGCCCCCUUACCAUCCAACACCUCUGACCUUGAGUCCUCAUUCACAAUAAGUAUUGACUGAGAUGAUCUGUGCCUGUUGUCAUAGAAACUCAUGUACAACAUAUAGAAACCUAAAUAUAUAUGGAUUUGGUUAAAGACCAUGACCUCAUUAUGCCAGUAGAGUGAUUUGAAGCCAUUAGGAAAUCGCACUAGGAAAUCACAUGAAUGUGAAUGCCAUAUUAAGCUAUAAAACUCUAAAAUCCAAUAAAAGGUUCAUACAGUAACUUUAAAACAUUGGAUUUAUAGUAAGCUGAUAAAGUAAAUACAGAAUUUUUUACAAUUCAGCAAAACCUGGAGACAAUAAAGUAAAAUCUGUUUACAAUGCAGGAGUAUCUGUGUCUGGUUAACGCCUUCGUUUCUACAAAAAGUGUUCAUAAAGGUAGACGUCCAACACAAAGAUUCAAUACAAAUAUAUUUAACUAUACAGUCAGCUUUACAAGUCAAACAUUUCAUUCCACAAUGACAUUUCAAAUGAUGCUUUUAGCAAAUAGAAUUUUACUUUUAAAUAAAUGUAAAGACUAUUCGUAAUCAAAAUCUGUGAUAUAAUACUGAACUUGUGUUCAUCAAAAUUAAAUGAAAUUUUUUAAAUAAAUAACACUUUUACAAACAUGCAGUGAGUCUUAGUCUAGGUGCUUUUCACAAAAUAGAUUGUAUAUAUAUAGUUUAUGGUA